AUGGAUGCGCUUUUGUCCCGCCUAGAUGAACUCGUCCUGAAACCCGAAUUCCAACCUCUUCUGUCGCUCUUAAAAGGCGCGCGCAAUGGUGUCGUCUACGGAUCGAAAGUGCGGUUUCCGCAUGCUCUGGUGAUCGUACGUGUUGACACAUUCCUCCUUAUUCCCGCCUUCUUAUAUCCCCGUGUUUCGUCCUAUCGCAUUCCGAUUUCCCUCGGGCUAACCAAGCCGAACCGCUAUAGAUUCCGACAAAAGAUCAAGCUAGUCUUGAAUGCCACACGCCUACAUGCGCGAAACCUCGCCACAUUCGCAAUCAUCUAUAAAUUUUCCAUGAUUGUCUUGCGAAACCUCGACACCUCCGGUGCCGCGAAAGAAGGCCGCUACGAUAGCUUCUUUGCCGGAUUAAUGGGUGGAUAUGCGGUCUUUGGCCGACAACGGGGGAGUAUCAGCCAGCAGAUCGUCAUCUACGUCUUCGCCCGCGUGAUGCUCGCUAUCGGCAAACUGGCCAUCCAACCCAACAUGCACCCACUCUCAUCCCUCAUCACUCCCGACGCCCGCACAAAGAUGACCGAUAAUGCCUGGCCCGUCUUCGCCAGCAUGACCUGGGCCUCGGUCAUGUAUAUUUUCCGCUGGUACCCGGAUACCCUUGCCUCCAGUCUGCGGAGCAGUAUGGUAUACAUUUAUGCUGAUUCGGAUCACUGGGACUCAUUACGGACACUGUUGCUACAUAACAAAUGA